AUGAUUUUCGGUGCACUCUCGCUUCUGGCCAUUCGCUACAUCUGCAAGGCAAAGCAUGUAGCCAAUCAGCCUGGUGAAACUGCUGUUCAAAAAAUUGAAUUUGAUUGGUUCUCUCUACCCGCGUCAGAGAGCAUUGAAUGGCAUCCGUGCUACUCAGAAUACAAAUGCGCCCGCUUGCUCCUUCCCUUGGACUAUCUUUCCCCUCCUGGUUACGGUCCAAAUGCAACGAUCGCUCUGCAAAUGCUUCCCGCGACCGACAAACAGAGCUACAGAGGAACCAUCCUGAUCAACCCUGGUGGUCCUGGUGGUUCGGGGACGUACGCUGUAAUGGAAACCGGCAAGAACAUAUCUCGCAUAGUCGGUGGUUCGUACGAUAUCCUAGGCUUCGAUCCGCGAGGGACGGGGGCGACUCUUCCCGGGCUGCAUUGCUACGAAUCGGAAGCCCAGUACCAGAUCUGGACGCAGUCAAUCAGGAACACGUGGGUCAACCUCACUGAGGGAGCUACUCCGCUGAUGGUUGCGCGCGAGGAUGCCGUGGGCCAGCUAUGCGAGAACAAGAUUGGUGGUAGUGGAAGGGAAGACGUCAACGGCACCGCCGAAGAAUGGGGCGCUGGCAGAUUCGUUAGCAGUGCCAGUGUCGCCACUGACAUGCUGAAAAUCACCGAGAAACUCGGCCAGGAGAAGUUGAAGUACUGGGGCUUUAGUUACGGUUCCAUUCUAGGCCAGUAUUUCGCUGCGAUGUAUCCGGACAAGAUCGAGCGAAUGAUCAUAGACGGUGUCUAUGACGCACAAGAAUAUGUGAAGGCAUCGUAUACGACGAACCUGGUGGACAACGAUGUCAUUGUUGAGGCGUUCUUCACCUUCUGCCACCAGGCAGGCCCGGAGAAGUGUCCGCUGUACGAGCCGUCACCCGAAGCCAUCAAGGCGCGCGUCGACGCCAUCAUCAAUAAGGUUGAAUCCACACCCGUACCGGUUCCCUUCGCCGAACACGGCCCAAUGGUCUUCUCCAAGAAGCUCCUCUACGAGCUCAUCUUCAUCAUGACCUACAAGCCGAUCCUAUUCUUCCCCGACCUCGCUACCAUGCUCAUCGGCGCGGAGCGGAACAACGGCAGCGCGAUUUCCGCGGUCGUGAACAAGUUCCUCCCAGACUACGAGUGCGCCUGCGAGCGGAAGCAGCCCUGGCUCGAGUCCAACGAGGCGCUCAUGGCGAUCGGAUGCGGCGACGGCGACGAGCUCACGUUCGAUCCGGACUACUACGACGCAUACCUCGCGAACAUGACCGCGCAGGCGCGAUUCGGCGGCCCCUUCUGGGCGAUGUACCACGUACGUUGCAGCCAGUGGCGCGUCCGACCGAAGUGGCGGUAUACGGGCCCAUUCGCCGCGGACAACACAUCGCAUCCGAUCCUGAUUGUCGAGCCGCGAUACGACGCGGUUUGUCCGCUCUCGGACGCACGCAAGGUGCACAAGCGGUACGGCGGGGCGGGACUUCUCGUCCAGAACUCGUACGGACAUUGCUCCACGUCGGCGCCGUCGCUGUGCACUGCUCUUCAUAUUCGUGCAUACUUCGAGAACGGUACUCUGCCGCAGGAAGGGACGGAGUGCGAGGUGGACGAGUUGCCUUUCAUCGGACGCGUGAAUGACAAGGAGGUCAAUAUGUUGUCGGCAGAGGAUGCGGAGUUACUCGAUGCACUCCGAGGGCUGUCGAGAGCUGCGCCAGUCUUCAUGCCGUGGCGAUAG